AAAAAGGACAGGUUGAGUUCCACUGACACAUACUGCUACACAGUGAAGAACAAACUUCAGGAUGGCUGCUGCUCGUCUCUCUCUGUCCGUGUUUGUGUUGAUGCUGGCUGUCAUCACUCUGAGUGAAGGUCUGCGUGGUUCUGGCCCAAAGAAAUGCUGCUUUCGCUUCAAUGAAAACAGCAUACCGAAAGAAAGAGUGGUUGGGUACCACAAGACCAGUCAGCGAUGCUCUAACCCUGCCGUCCUGUUGAAAACAGUGGCAGGACGUCAGCUGUGUGUCAGACCUUCGGCCGAUUGGGUGAAGACGAUCAUCAACUACCUGGAUGACAAAUCUUUCCCAGGACAGGCAUCCAACCUGUAACCAGGCAACACAAUUACCACAUAAAAGCCUGAACAAUAUCUUUCCGGUAAUGUGUUGUGAUGCUGCGAUUUCAAACUAUCUGCUGGAGGAUAAGCAUAAGCUACCUGUCCAUCUAUAUGCAAAAUAUAUAGUAAAUAUAUACUAAAUGUUGUUAUGUUUUGUAACUGAUAGAUUUAAAAAAAAAAAAAAAAAAAAUCUCGGAUGAGACAUAUUUAAAUAUGCACCGUUUUCUACUUCUGCUAAAAUUUGAACAUUUUAAUUUUAUAAUAAGCGACAAUAUGUGUAUUUUUUGCUUAAUUCAACAUUCAGAGUCAGACCGUCACACUGUGAGCUAGUGAAGGGACAACAAAGCUUCCUGAACCAUUUGUUUUAUCUACUG